GGCCAUGGGGAGGGCGCCGUGCUGCGACAGGGCGGCGGUGAAGCGGGGCCCGUGGUCGCCGGAGGAGGACGACGCGCUGCGCGACUACAUGCAGCGCCACGGCAACACCGGCAGCUGGAUCACCCUCCCCAACAAAGCCGGGCUCAAGAGGUGCGGCAAGAGCUGCAGGCUGCGGUGGCUCAACUACCUCCGCCCGGACAUCCGCCACGGCGGCUUCACCGACGAGGAGGACACCAUCAUCUACUCCCUCUACAGCCAGCUCGGCAGCAAAUGGUCGCUGAUCGCGUCGCAGCUGGAGCGGAGGACGGACAACGACGUCAAGAACCACUGGAACACCAAGCUCAAGAAGCGCCUCGCCGCCGCAGCCGCCGCCUUCUCCACCCGACGCUCCCCGCCCUUCAUGCCGCUGCCGGCGCCGGCCGCAGCGCACGCGCAGCCGUCGCCGCUGCUCCCGCUCUCCGUGCCGACCGUGAAGGCCGAGGCGUACACCUACGACGACUUCUUGGCGCCGACCGCCGGGCUGCAGGACCCGUUCGCCGCGGAGGGCUCGUCUUCGGCCUCCGCCGCGCUCCAGGACCCGUUCGCCGCAGAGGGCUCGUCCUCGGCCUCCGCCGCGCUCCAUGACACGCUCGCCGCCGAGGGCUCGACGUCGGCCUCCGCCGCGUCGUCGGGGUCCAACUGGUCGGCGGUCGACAACGCCGGCGGGUUCUUCGUGGACUUCUGCGCGGCCGGCCCCGACCUCGCUGCCGCGGACCAGUUCCUCGGCGGCUUCUACUACCCUCUCGACCCGACCCUGUCACUAGUGUAGAUCGAUCGAUCGUUCGAUGUGUCACGCGCGUGCGCGCGUCCUCGUGACCGAUCGAUCAAACGUGUUCGUUAUCAAAAGCACCCGAUCAAACGUGAAAAUGUGGUUCUUGAAUCUUGAUCACCUCGAUUUGCAUGCUUC